AUGAAGACUUCCUUGGCAUUUGCUUCUUUUAUAGCCUUCUCCUGUAGCUUGGCUAACGCCGCUCCGCCUUCCAACUACCUCAAUUGGAAGACUUUUAAAGCUAAUGGAGUUAACGUUGGUGGCUGGCUACAUCAGGAAGCCGUAAUUGAUCCCACGUGGUGGAACCAGUAUGCGCCUGGUACACCUGAUGAGUGGGAUUUUUGUGCAAAGCUCAAGUCGAAAUGCGGUCCCAUCUUAGAGCAGCGAUACGGCUCUUACAUCACGACCAAAGAUAUCGAUACUAUGGCUGCAGCCGGGAUCAAUGUUAUCCGAGUGCCUACUGGGUAUAAUGCUUGGGUUACUGUUCCAGGAUCCCAGCUUUAUAGUGGCAACCAAGCUCGCUUUCUCAGAACCAUCUCUGAUUACGCAAUUAAGAAGCACGGUAUCCACGUUAUCCUCGACAUUCACUCGCUCCCUGGUGGUCUGAACGGCAUGGGGUUGGGCGAAAAGGAGGGAAAUUAUGGCUGGUUCCAGAACCAGACCGCUCUAGACUAUUCUUACCAGGCGGUCGACGCUGCCAUCAAGUUCAUCCAGGGAUCUGAUGUUCCCCAAGGUUUUACCCUGGCCCCAAUCAACGAACCGGUUGACAAUCGAGAUUUUACAAAGUUUGGAACGCCAGAAGCAUUAACUGAAGAAGGGGCUGCUUGGGUUCUUGAGUACUUCCAAGGCGUUAUUUCGCGCGUUGAGAAGGCCAACCCUAAGAUACCUAUCAUGCUUCAGGGUGGCUUUCGACCUGUCGACUUCUGGGCCAAGUACUUUGCUGUGAGCACUAAUCUCGUCUUUGAUGUCCAUAACUACUACUUCGCUGGCCGCCCGACUACUUCGCAAAAUCUUCCCGAAUUUAUCUGCACUGAUGCCAAAAACACCGUUAGUUCUACUUCACCAAAAUUCCCCGUCUUUGUUGGGGAGUGGUCCAUCCAAGCUGCCACCAACAACACGUUUGCCAGUCGGGCGCGUAACCUCAACACUGGCCUCAAGGCUUGGGCUACCUAUACUCAAGGGAGCGCUUACUGGACUUGGAAAUUCUUUGGUAAUGAGCCGGUCGAUGGCGAGGGUACUCAAGGUGAUUACUGGAAUUACUCUGACUUUGUGAAAAUGGGUAUUAUUGACCCAUCGUCGGGGGUAACUUGUAAAUAA